AAGCUGUUCUAUGUCCUCACUGCCAAUAAGGUUCAAAGAAUAAACUCAUUGGCCCUCAGGCAGUAAAUUAAAUCCACCCAAAGUGUUCUUCUUCUGAUCAUGCAAGGUAGGAAGGUUGCGACUUCAUAACACCUGUGCUUCUAUUUGACUUUGAGUCACCCUUUGCAUCUCACUCCCCAUUUCUUGGAAAAACGGACUAAAGAUGAACAAGGUUCUUGCAGUAGGUUUUUUAGCCCUGGUCUACAUUGACAUGGGUAAGUUCUAGAACAUAUGGUGGGCAUUGUUAGUAUGAAAGACAUUGGAAAUGCUUAGUUAACUUUUUGACUAACCAGUCCAAAGGGCAGUCUCAGAAAAGAAAGGUGUCAGUAGGAAUGAAUGAAAUUAGCAGUGUUGUUAAAUUAAUGAGGAAGGAUUGUUAUUGAGAUGGGAUUUACAUUUGGUGCCAUUCACUAUCAAGUAUAUGAAAUAGAUACAAUUGAACUUGCUCCUGACACCAACUAUACAGCAAAAGGAUUGCUUGAAAUGUGAAUUUUGAGUGAAUGGAUGAAAUUAGCUGUACAAAACAAUAUUUUCAAAAGGCUGCUAAGGACUUGCCGAUCGUCAGGUCGGCGGUUCGAAUCCCCGCGGCGGGGUGUGCUCCCGUUGCUCGGUCCCAGCGCCUGCCAACCUAGCAGUUCGAAAGCACCCCCGGGUGCAAGUAGAUAAAUAGGGACCGCUUACUAGUGGGAAGGUAAACGGCGUUCCGUGUGCUGCGCUGGCUCGCCAGAUGCAGCUUGUCACGCUGGCCACGUGACCCGGAAGUGUCUUUGGACAGCGCUGGCCCCUGGCCUCUUAAGCGAGAUGGGCGCGCAACCCUAGAGUCUGGCAAGACUGGCCCGUACGGGCAGGGGUACCUUUACCUUUAAUGUCAGACUUCCCCACAGAAGCUGGUCAAAAUGCACAGUGACUCUGUGAAUGGGGAGAUAUCGACACUGGCUACCCUUCCUGAUCCAGGUUUUGGAUGAGUCCACCAAUCUUUCAUGCAGUUGCCAAGAAAGUUGGAAGGGGCAGCUUGUUCCCAAAUGCUUCCCACUUCUUAUUCAAACCAGUUCAGAGAUGGACAGGUCAAUCCACACACACCCUUAGGCCAGGCUGUGAUGGGUUAUUGUUUAGCUUUUUUGGAAUGAGCAGAGGCGUCCUUUCACCCAGCUCUUGCAAACCUGUAAGUUUCUGAACAUGCUGGUGAACAGAAGGGCUGACAGCAGCAUCCACACCAUCAGCAACAAAUUUAAAGCCCUAAAAUGAGGCGUUCUGAUAGUAAGGAGGGGCUAAGACAGUUCAGGACCUGUUGAAUCCCAAGUUGAAUCUGUAUUGUGCUGCCACAGGAUCCCUUCCUCAUCCAGUAACUGCACUCGCUCCAGACUGGCACCAUGAAUGGCAGGGCUAUGGGUGUGGCAAUGGACCUGCUGCUCUAUACAGUCCUGCAGGUGGGAGGAUGUUUAGAUUGCGGUCAAAGACCUUUAUUCAGCCAAUGUAGCUGCGCAGAGGGCUUACUCCUUCUUAGGAUCUUCCUUCGACAUGAGGUCCUUAGCCCAAGUCUUGUCUCUGCAGUCAAUUUGAACAAAAGCUGGUCUGGCUUACCAAUAUAUCAGGGGUUAGUGAGCAAACACAGAACACACCCUCUUGUUCAUAAUUCUAGAAUUUAUGUGUACCGAGUAUAACAAUCAUAUUCAUUAGAGAUUUAUUUAUUUUUAUAAAAUAUUUAUUAGGAUUUUACAAUAAACAUAGGUUUAAAAAAAUUAAGAAAAUUAAACCAAAGAUUACACAUAAACAGAAGAAGAAAAAAGAUAACAAGAAUAAUACCAAUAAAACAAGAACCUAAGAUAAUAGCAAAAAAACAAGGACCUAAGAGAGAAAAAGGAAAAUACAAAAUACAAAAAACAGAUGGCUAAAAAAGAAAAAGGGGGGGGGAAUUAAAAAAGAAAAAAUCCAUUUUUCAAUAUCUUUAGGCUCAUUUACUUAUUUCCUUGACCUCCCCACACCUCCCCUUUUUGUAUUCCCGUUUACAAAAUCCUUUCAGCAAAUCCUUACCCUCUUUCAUUUAUCUUUACUCUAUAUCUUAUCCUAUUAUAACUAUAUAUUUUCAUCCAUAUAACAAUCUAUAUUUGCAUAUUCUUAUUAAUCUUAUUACCCAAACCACUUAUUUCCAUUCCAACAUCAUUUUAACAUUCAUUAAUUUUACAGUAUUUCUGCAAAUAGUCUUUAAAUUUCUUCCAAUCUUCUUCCACCAACUCUUCUCCCUGGUCACGGAUUCUGCCAGUCAUUUCCGCCAAUUCCAUAUAGUCCAUCACCUUCAUCUGCCACUCUUCCAGGGUGGGUAAAUCUUGUGUCUUCCAAUACUUUGCAAUAAGUAUUCUUGCUGCUGUUGUUGCAUACAUAAAGAAAGUUCUAUCCUUCUUUGGCACCAAUUGGCCGACUAUGCCCAGGAGAAAGGCCCCUGGUUUCUUCAAGAAAGUGUAUUUAAAUACCUUUUUUAAUUCAUUAUAAAUCAUCUCCCAGAAAGCCUUAAUCCUUGGGCACGUCCACCAAAGGUACCGAGUAUAACAAUCAUAUUCAUUAGAGAUUUAAUUAUUUAAUUACUGUAUGUGCUUGAAUAAUGGGUGAUGAUAAUUUUGCUUUGAACAGGUAACGGGGGCCUCUGGAAACCUUGACUGCUCCCUACAGCAGAAUGUUUAAUAAUAAAAAAAUUCUAUUGUAUUUGAAUCAACAAAAAGAUUUCGUUCUCAUUCCUCCAACAGACAACUAAGUAAAGAAGAAUUACCAUAUUUUUCAUUCUAUAAGACGCACCAGACCACAGACGCACCUAGGUUUUGGAGGAGGAAAACAUGAAAAAAAAUAUUCUGAAUCUCAGAAGCCAGAACAGCAAGAGGGAUCCCUCUUGCUGUUCUGGCUUCUGUGAUAGUUGCGCAGCCUGCAUUCGCUCCAUAAGACACUCCAUAGGAGGGGGAAAGUGAGUCUUAUAGAGCAAAAAAUAUGGUACACAGUGGAAUAGUAUUACUUUGGAUAUUCUUUUGUAUCUGUUAAUGUGAAAAAUUGCAGAAAAGGGGAUGGCAAACUUCUUUUGGGGUCCAAUAGAAAUGGGCACAAAAUAUUUGUUAAUAAUACUCCUACUGGAAUCAAGAUUUUGUCCCCAGUUACAAAUUAAUGGUUCUUUUUGGAUUGCUUUUUAGCUGGUUCAUAUUGUAUCACAGUGUGGUAUGCUGGCUUGACAGCCAUGGACAGAAAGUCUCUGCAGAGGGUGGUGAAUACAGCACAUGAUAUCAUGGGCUGUCUCUUGAGUCCGCUAGAUGACAUCGCAAGGGAUUGUUGCCUUAGGAGAGCGAGAAAAAUUCUUGGGGAUGAUUCACACCUCGGCCAGCACCUCUUUAAUCUUCUACCCUCAGGCAGGAGAUAUAGAAAUAUAAUCAGUCAUACCAACAGGCUAAAAAAUAGCUUCUAUCCAUGGGCUGUUAGGCUGUUGAACAGAAAAUAACAUAGUGCAACUGAUUUGCGAGGUGAUGUGUUGUGCAAUGAGCACACAGAGUGCAAUGAGAUUGAAUGUUUGGGGGGGAGGGAGACUUGGUUAAUUUCAUUGUACACAGGUUGUACAUUGACAAUAAAGGUAUUAUAUUAUUAUUAUUAUUCUUUAGGAGAAAGAAACAUACAGUAUGUAGACCCAGGGAGUUGCAACUCGGUGAAACACUUUUAUUGCACACAUCAAAAUUGCAGUCCCUAACACACAUGCACAGAUUCUCAAUCAUACUCACAAACUCUGCACCAAUAGCUAAUCAGGCUAUGGCAAGAGGACGGGUGGCAGCCAUUGCAGCACUGGGAACUUGGUACACUUUUCCACUGGAAAGUCCCUUCUUUAUAUACUUUCUACCAGACAUUCCCGCUCUAGUGAUUCACUGCAAUGUGUUCCUUGCCAAAGUUGUUUACCACAUAGUUCAUCACAACCUCAUUACUCAAUCUGGUUCAACACCUGUCCUUGUAUCUCUCUUUGUAUGUCAAGUCUCAUGAGCUUAGCACUUCUUCCUCCCUUUGCUUGCCAACCUUAUCAGUUCCACAAGUCUUAGCGAGACUCCAUUUUAAAGUGGUGUUCUUCAUCCUAAAAAUAGGCCUACACUCAUUCCUCCAUUCAUACCACAAAUCUCUAAUGAAUAUGAUUGUUAUACUCAUUACAUAGGUCAUUCACACCUCCAUCCUUUGUUUCCAUCCCCCCCCCCCAAAAAAAUGGUGGUGCCUGUUUGUCUUGGGACCAAUCUCAAUUUAUCCAUUGCUUAAUAUUCUUCCUUUCUCUUCUUCUUAGCUGUUGGAAGUUUUGUGUGUCAUUACUGUCGGAAGGUUAAAACCGAUAACACAUGUGUCCAUGCUGCAAAAACUUGCAGGGCUGGGCAUUAUAAAUUCUGCUACACUCAGCUGAUUGCUAAAGGUGAGUACCCUAAUAGGAAUGAUUAGAGAUGCUGUCUUUGCCUUUGUAAAGAUGGAGGAAUCUGUACCUUUUGAUUCUCUCAGUUUUUCCAAUCUUAACAUAAUGAAACAUUAAGCAUUUUUAAAAACUUCCCUAUACAGGGCUUCCUUCAGAUGUCUUCUAAAGGUUAUAUAGUUACUUAUCUCCUUGGCUCAGAGGUCACAUAACUCCAUACCCUCCAACAUUUAUGCAAUGAAAAUAGAGACAUCCUAAAGAAAAGCGGGACGCGGGUUAAACCACAGAGCCUAGGAUUUGCAAAUCAGAAGGUCGGUGGUUCGAAUCCCCGCAACCGGGUUGAGCUCCCGUUGCUCGGUCCCUGCUCCUGCCAACCUAGCAGUUCGAAAGUACGUCGAAGUGCAAGUAGAUAAAUAGGUACCAUUCCGGCGGGAAGGUAAACGGCGUUUCUGUGCGCUGCUCGGUUUGCCAGAAGUGGCUUAGUCAUGCUGGCCACAUGACCCGGAAGCUGUACACCGGCUCCCUCGGCCAAUAAAGUGAGAUGAGUGCCAUAACCCCAGAGUCGGCCACGACUGGACCUAAUGGUCAGGGGUCCCUUUACCUUUAAAGAAAAGUGGGACAUUCCAGGAUAAAAUCAGAAACCAGGAUGGCUUCUGUAAAUUCAAGACUGCCCUUGGAAAAUAAGGGACUUGUAGAUAUAACCCAACAUAAAUAAAAACAUUGGUUUAAAUCAGGCAUAGGCAAACUCAGUCCUCCAGAUGUUUUUUGGGACUACAACUCCCAUGAUCCCUAGCUAACAGGACCAGUGGUCAGAGAGAUGAUGGGAAUUGUAGUCCCAAAAUAUCUGGAGGGCCGAGUUUGCCUAUGCCUGGUUUAAAUCAAAUAUGCACAAUAGGAUUAGAUGCCUGGGUUUGUUUUGCCUUUAAAAAAUGGUCUGUAACAGGCACUGAAGACAAUACAGUAAAUGUUUCGCUCCUGUUAGUAACCAUGCUGCAGCCAUAGUAGAUAACCAUGAUGCCUUUUUCUCCUUCUUUCCCAGGGCUUUCUGUUGUCAAUGUGGAUCGGGGCUGUACUAUGAAGUGUGAAACCGUCAGGUACAGGAAAACCGGACUGGAAAAAUAUAUGCUUUGCUGUAACACAGACCGUUGCAACAGCCACGACAUCUGGGUCAAGGAAUAAUAAAGGAAUAAAGGAAUAAUAAAACUUUGUUGAAGAUGGAUUAGUCAGGUCAACUGGAUGUCUACUACUGUCAAGCAGGGAUCCUCAUACCCACCCCGUGGCCUCAACCUGUGGCCCCCAGAUUAGGGCAAGUUGCCCUGUGCUGCCCCAGAGUCCAU